AUGGUGGUUCUACUGAAGAGGAACAAAUGGCCGGAGAGAGUAAUCCUUUGCACAGCAAAAGCCAUGUCAAUUCUACCGUCAAAUACCAAAUACAACAAAUUAUACGGUUUAUUCCACUUUGCUACCAAUUGGAUCAUUCUUGGCUUCUCGUUCCACCAGAAAAGCCAGUACUACGCUUCACUACCAGCGACUCUGAGCUUCACGGAAAUCUGCGCAGACGUCUCCUUAUCCAUCAUCACCACCUACGCAAUUCUAAUGCUGAAUUUAGCAAACGGAACUGAAGUUCUCAAAUUCAUCAAGAUCUGCAGCUAUCGUGUACAAUUCGAACCAAAAUCUUCAUGCACUUACGCGAGAGAAUACAUUGUCAUAAAUCUACUGUUUGUGGUAUACAAAAUCUUCACUUUGUAUUCGAUGUAUGGAUUGCAACGUUUCAGCUUUGAAAUCUUCCAAGUUUGGCCAAGAUACGCUUCGAUCGUUGUCUUCGCUUUGCUGCGUUAUUACGCGCUGAUUAUGAAAUGGAAGUUUAUUGAAUUGAACGAGCGUUUGCGGAUGCUGAAGUAUCCUGAAAUCAACAGUAUAAUGAUCAGCAAAAAUCUGAGCGAAUUCAGGAACAUCUCCAAAAACCAUACAGAAUUUGUCGGUUUGAUAGACGAGUAUAACACAGUUUUCGGAAGGCAACUCGUGGUCAACUACAUUCAGAUCAUCUUAAACUUACUCUUACCUUUGAACACAUUGAGCUAUUACUCAAGCGUCAGCAAUAGUCCUAUACCGUUUUACCAACUCUGUCUUCUAUGCUCUCUUCUUACUACUGUCCCAUUGGUUUUGGCUUACACACUUUUUCGAUCGUGCAACGAUUGCAUCGAUGAAUGCAAUAAGGCGCAGAUGAGUUGUUACGAUAUUGCGCACGCUUUACCAGACUCUGAUGCUAAUUCCGUCUUCAAAUUUGAACUGAGACAAUUCGCUCAUCAAUUGGGACAGGAAAAUGCACAUUUUUCGGCCGCUGGAUUCUUCGAUGUUAACUAUCAGCUCUUAACGUCGCUCAUCUCAACUGUCACCACAUAUUUAAUCGUUCUGAUACAGUUUAAUAAGUAG